AAUUGUGUGCGUCUGUUAAUGACAUACGGUUGUGCUUUUUUUUUGCAAGCUUCCCGGACUUCCCGCGUUGGCUGUAGUGUGACUGGCUGCCCGAACUAGGGCGAAACAGAGUUGCAGCACAUAGGCUGCAUCCGCCUUUGUUUGGGGUCCCUCAACUUCGUAAACUUGUUCGCUCGUGGCUUUCACCGCACCUUGGAGGGAGGAUGGCUGCCAUCAAGGCGCUGCAACAGUGGUGCAAGAACCAGUCUGAUGGCUACAGAGAUGUGGCAGUUAAGAACAUGACAACAUCUUUCAGAGAUGGGUUAGCGUUCUGUGCGUUGAUCCAUAAAUACAGACCGGAUCUCAUAAACUAUGACUCCCUCAGAAAAGAGGAUGUGUAUGAGAACAACAAACUGGCCUUUCAUGUCGCGGAGGAGCAUCUGGGGAUUCCCGCCCUGCUGGACGCAGAGGACAUGGUGGCUCUGAGCGUCCCAGACCGGCUCAGCAUUCUCACUUACGUCUCUCAGUACUACAACUACUUCAAUGGCCGCUCUCCUAUUGGAGGGGUGGGAGGUAUUAAGAGGCCGGCUGGAAGCUCGAAGGAGGAGCCGUCUGAGAAGAAGAACCUUCCGGUCGUUGCCAAAACAUUCAGCCCCAAAAGAGCCACAGAGAACUGUCCCCCAGCUCCUCUCAACCAGAAACCGCCACCCUUGCUUAAAUCAGAACCGGCUGGCGAACAGAAGGCAGUAUUAGUGGAGAGCUCCAAUAAAACUGGCACCCUCAAUAGCAAAUGUGCUGUUUGCAAGACCCAUGUGCACUUGGUGCAGCGCCACCUAGUGGAUGGGAAACUAUACCACAGGAGCUGCUUCAAGUGCAGUGAAUGCUCUAAUCCCCUCCUGGCGGGGGCAUAUAGGACAGGACCUGAACCAGGAACCUUUAUCUGCAGCGCACACCAGAAGGGCUUUAAGUCCUCACUUCCCAGGGCUGCACAAAAGAACACCCCUGGCCGUGUCAACCCCCCCACGCCUGCUACUCCUGCAGUAGAUGUGCAGGCGCCUAAGAAAGAUCCCAGGACCCAGCCUGACCCACGGCCCUCCUCGGUGCUAACCAACCCCGUGAAACUCACUCCCAGGCCUGUGGACCCCAGCCCAGCGCCACAGCCAUGGACCUCCUCAGCACAGAGGACCCAAGCAGCCAGACAGCGGUUCUUCCAGUCCUCCACCCCGGCCCCAUCUCCGGCCCCGGCCCCGGCCUCGUCCCUGUCUUCAGCUCAGGCUCCAAGAGAACUGCUUGCCCCUCGGCCAGCACCAGGGCCGUCGAAACCAGAGGAGAAGGAGCACGCCCGGGCACUGAUCACCAGGAAACUGGGAGAGGGGAACUGCAACAAUAACAAUACUGCGUAUCAAUUUGGCAUCAGGGCCGCUAGUAAUUGGUCUGGGAAGGGGCUCUGCUCUGCUGGGGCACCCAGCUGGAGGCUGGAGAAACGCAGCCAAGGCACGGCAGGGGGUGGGGCGCCUCCCGCACACCCCCCCACCCCCGCGCCUGUCAUCAGCAGCAGCAGCACCACCACCUCCAACUCCAACAGCAAGGAAUCCCUCUGGCUUGCGGCCAUCAGAGAGCGAGAGCGUGUGAGAGCUCCCCACCCCACCUCCACCCCCAGACCCAGUCCCAUCGUCACCACCUCCACCACCACCACCACCACCUCCUCCUCUUCCUCCUCCUCCGCGUCUGCUGUGCUCGCCUCCAGUACCAAAGCAAGACGCAUGGCUUGUUCAGAAGACUCUGCUGACUGGCGAUCAAAGCUCCAACCCUCUACAAAUGGACCGAGCCUGAAAACUCCUGAACCUUCUAGAAGCUUGCCACUCACCCCUGUGGAGAACAAGCCUGUUACGACCUACAAGGCCAGUCUAUGCAUCAAUGUGAACUCGACUACCUCUCCGAUGGUCCAACCUCCAACCAGCCCUCCGUCAUCAGGCUACACCAGUUACAAAUCUCCCUCUGUCCAGCAGCCUCGGAGGCAGAGCUCUGGAGGCUCCGAUGGUGAGAGAGCUUUUGCGGCGCCUGUUCACUUACCCUCCAAUCGGAUUCCAGCUGUCUCCAGCAGUUCCUCUGCCAGUGGUGCACCCAGCGUCAAAGAUCCAUCUCCAAAGCCGCAUCAACGUGGAUCUGCUGCCCUCGGCUCACAGAAUGAAAUUUCCCGUGCUAAUGGCUCAUUAAAUGGCUCAUCCUGUCGGACACCGUCUGUGUCAGGCAGUGUCCCACCCCAUAGAGCAUCUUCACCCAAACAGGCUCGUCGGGGUUCAGCUGGGCCCGGAUCUAAGAAGGGGGAUUUCAUAUCCACUGGACCUACACCUCAUUGGAUAACUCCGGUUACUGUCAUUGUUUCUCCAAGUAAAUCAACCAACCACAGCGCUCUAUCUCCAAAGGACUCACCUGUUGAGCAGGGUUCUACAAAUGGACAUUACUCAUCAGUGGAAACGGCUUCUGUCACACAAAUGAGGUCACCAGCAAAAGCACAUCACAUUCCGAUGGAUGAGAUUGUGAAGGAGCUGAGUGAGAUCGAGGAGAACCUGAACGAGUUGGAGAGGGACGGGGUGGACCUGGAGAAAAGGCUCCGGGGCUGUGAGGAAGAAGGAAAAGGAGACAUUCUUAUUGACCCAUUAAUGGUGGACUGGUUCAACCUCAUUCACAAGAAGCAGGGAUACAUGAGAAGGGAGUCUGAGCUGGUCUACAUAGCGAAAACUCAGGACCUGGAGGAGCAGCAGCCUGGAGUGGAAGGAGAGCUGCGGAGACUGCUGGACAAGCCAGAACGCCUGAAGAGCGAGUCGGAGCGCAGGCAGCAGGCAGAGCUGAUGGACCGACUCCUGGAGAUCAUAAACGACCGGAAUGCCAUCGUGGAGGGCCUGGAUCAGGACCGGCUGAGGGAAGAGGAGGAGGACCAGCAGUUGAAUGAAAUGAUGCAAAAACUUGGUGUGAAGAAGGCGAAGAGCAAAAGACAAUCCUCCUUUUCGAAACUGUUUAGGAGGAAGAGCAAGAGGGUGGUGGCUGAGGGUUGAUCAGCAGGAGGCCGACGUUUAAAGGUGUAGUCCACACUUGGCAGACACUUUAUGUCUGAAGGUGGUUGUUUUUUGCUGAGCUGUAUGGCUGUGGUUGCAUGUGAUUUUGAAAUUUCUUUCAAUUAAAUGCUGGUUUGGCGUGUUUUAGUUUAGCAGGAAGCACUUGGGUUUUUGAAUGCAUCACAGUAGUCUUGGGUUUUGUUUUUAUUUUUGUUUAUGAUGUGUUCUUUCUCUUACGUUUAGUCUUUCAUCUGCAGUAGUAAACUGUUCACGUUUUGACCUUUUUUUUUUCUCUUUUCACUUUUUUCACUUUUUCCAUUCACCUUAAAAGGAAACGAAGGCAAUUCACCCCUUUUUUUUCAAGCACUAAGUUGAUAACUUUCCAGCACUAAUUUGGGUUUAUGAAGGUAUGAAAGGUUCAUGUGAAAAUAACUAUGUAAUAAUAAUAGCAUAAUAAUGCCAGUACCAUCUCUUAAUUUCAAAACAAAGCUAAUCAAACACAGUUAAUUAUGCAAUGUAUAUAGAGAUGUGAUAUGUUUUUUUUAGAGGCAUCACAAAAGAUUCUGAAAAUUGAAAUUGGGGUAACCACUAUCAUUGAACAAUUACACUUGGAAAGUGCUACAUCACUACUCACGGUUGUAAAGAGGAGGGUGUAAUUCCACUUCAGGGCUGAGGGGGGCAGUAUAGCUUCAGGUGCAGUCUCUACAGCAAAUCCCAUUUUCUUCUCCACAAAUGAUUUAUGCUUUAGCUAAUUUCAUAUAUGCCUUGGAAUGUUAAAUUCAUCCACAGAUUAUGUAGUGGAGAGGCUUAUGCAGUACAGUUUAUAAGGGGGUUUAAAUAUUUAAACCAGGUUUAAUGAAACUUAAAUGCACUGUAAUGCAUUUUUUUAAUGCUUGUGAUGUUGAAAAUAUUUUCAUUCCCGUUUUAACAAAUGCAGCUUUUUAAUGAUUCUUAAGGAUUAUUAUUAAAUAAAUGAAAUGUUCUAAAUUAAAUCUUUUGAUAUUUUAAGGGUUAAGGAUGUCAUGCAAUAUUGUGGAAAUGAAUGAAGUGAUUGUCUACAACAACAAUUAUUUAUAUAUGAAUUUUAAUUGUGUUUUUAAUAAUAAAUAUUAACUGACAUUUUA